AAAAGGUGACCAAGCAAUCAUGCAGUGUAAAAUAACAGUUUCACUGAUAUGUUUGUUUUUGGUAAUAAUUUCUAGUGUAUGUUCCAAGAGAAUCACAUCGCAGCAAAUCAAUAAAGCCGUGGGUAUUUUGGAAGAAAUAUCAGGCAGAGACCUCUCUAGACAUCUGAAAAUUAAAGAUGUGGAUUUGAAAGGAGGAUCCUAUAUCAAAAAUAUAAAGAUUACUCAUGUUGAAAUACCAGAAAUAAAAAUCAAGGGGAAUUGGAAGCGGACUAUUGUUGUCGAAGCAUAUAACAUUGGACUAGGAUUAACAGCUGACUGGCGUGUAAAAAAACGAUUUUUUUGGGGUCUUAUACCAUAUCAAGAGUCCGGUACUUUAAAAGGAUCUGUUUCGAAAGUGCAGUUCGAGGUAACCUUAAACAUGCGCACAUUUGAGGUUGCGAAUUGUGAUGACUCAAUUGGUUCCAUUAAAGUACAACUACGAGGCAAGCUGUUGGCAUGGGUUGUACGAACAUUUGUGAACAUUGAAAAACGAUUAAAGCGAAAGCUGGAUGGAAAGAUAUGCGAAGCUGUAAGUAAAGCGAUAAAUGAACAGUCAUCAAGAAUUUCAAGAAUAAUGCAAGGAAGAUACAAAAAUUUCUUUUAAGUGGAUUACUGAAGAGAAGCAUCAUCAAUAACAACGACGAAGACAGAAUGUAAUAAAUAUUAUCACACGCAU